AUGUCGCAUCCCGCUGCACCCAAGUCUCUGGAAGACCUUCAAGCCUUUGAAUUCACAAGAAUUCUCAAUGAGGACCCACUUACUCAUACCCUAACACUCUUAGGCUCCCUACGAACGGAGCAGGCCAUCAUCCGAAUAGAAAAGACUCCGCUAAACGCCUCUGAUGCCUCCAAGUUUCUUCGACCAGGCGACGGUGGCCUUGUUCGACGUAUCCAGCUGGAGGAGAGCACGGAUAUCUAUACCUGGUUGUUUGGGUGGCUAGAAGGAGAGCGGGUGCCAGAUGUGAAGAUCAAUGUGAUCUGUCCAGCGACGGAGACUCAUAUUCGAAAGUAUACGAGGCAGGAGCAAGUUAUGGUGCGAGAAACACCCGAGUUGUAUGAAUCAGUGGUGAAACCGUACGUCGCGGAAUUCCCUCCAUCGCGAACGCAGUGGGUAGAGAAUAUCCUCAACGGUCAAUCCGAGAAGGACAAGGUUCUGUACUCUGACGGCGAGUUCAUGAUCCUCCCAGAUAUGAAAUGGGAUCUGAAGACGGUGUCAUCUCUGUACCUCAUGGCGCUCGUGAAGGAUAGAUCCAUUCGAAGCAUGCGCGAUUUGCAAUCGAAACACGUACCCUUGCUUAAGGCUAUUCGGGACCAGGCCGAGCGCAUUGUACAAGAGAGUUACAGUAAGGCCUUGUCUUCUCAUCUUUUCGCAGACCACUUCCACGUCCAUAUCGUCAACGUCAAUUACCAAGGAGGACUGCUCGGUAUGACGGUGGGCCAGGCACACCUUGUGGAUGAUCUGAUAAAUCAGCUGGAAUUGGAUGGAACACUCCUGCAGCGGAGGACUCUCUAUUACAGCUUGGGAGACCAGCAUGAACUGCUACGACGAUUCAAGGCCGCUCAACAGGCCCCUAGCAGCUGA